CCAAUCUCGCGGCAUCAUCAAUCUCUGCUUUUUCCCCCCCAUUUCUCAUGACUUGCUGGCUCUCUCCAAGAGAAAAACCCUUGCCAAAUUGCAACAUCGUACCAUGAAAAUACUGUCUUUUACUCCUUAAUCUGCAAAACUCUUAAACCCCUCCUUUCUCCUUUCCCUCUUCCCAUUUUUUCUUGUUAUCCCUGAUAGUGAUUAUAUUUAUGAAUUCUAUCUCCAAGAUGAGGUCUGUCUUAAGCCCAAAGUUAUUGGCUUUUUCUCCUCAUCUUCCCAAGCCCCAAACUAUUUCUCUUGCUUCUAAUGCAUGGCCUUUUGAAUCUUUCGUCGGCUGUAAGCCAUCUUGCUUUCACAAUAAUCUCCACCUGAAGUCAACACCCCUUUUAUCCAAUAGCUUCGUUUGCUCAACCCAGAGUCGGAACUUGCAAAUGGAGGCGUCUCAGCCUCCGUCGGGUGAGAUUCACGUCAUCGUUGGCCCGAUGUUCGCUGGCAAAACUACCACACUUCUUCACCGUAUUCAAUUACAGAGCAGCAGCGGCAGAAAUGUGGCAGUAAUUAAAUCAAGCAAGGAUACAAGAUAUGGAUUAGAUUCAAUUGUUACACACGAUGGUGUCAAAUUACCAUGUUGGGCUCUAACAAACUUAUCGUCUUUCAGGCAGAAAUUUGGCCUUGAUGCUUAUGGCCAGCUGGAUGUGAUUGGCAUUGACGAAGCUCAAUUCUUUGAGGACCUUUAUGAUUUUUGUCGUGAGGCUGCUGAUCACGAUGGAAAAACGGUAAUAGUUGCUGGUUUGGAUGGAAACUACCUGAGGAGGAGCUUUGGUUCCGUCCUAGACAUCAUCCCCCUUGCUGAUUCUGUAACAAAAUUAACUGCUCGAUGUGAAAUCUGUGGAAAGCGUGCGCUUUUUACGCUGAGGAAGAUCGAGGAGACACAGGUUGAGUUAAUAGGUGGAGCCGAGGUAUAUAUGCCAGUUUGUCGGCAGCACUAUGUCAGUGGACAGGUGGCCAUGGAAACAGCAAGAUAUGUCCUGGAAUCCCAGAAGGUUGAAUGUAGCUCACACACAUAAAAAUGGUCCACUCCCUACAAAGCAUGCUUAUUGUUUGAACAAUAGCUUCAUAUUUAUUGGAGUAAGUUGUAACGUUGUGUGUUUAGUGUUGGAAAUUGGGAGGGAAGGUCCGUUAGUAUUGUGUAGUCGACAUUGUUAACCAACGUCAGAUUGUAUGGUAUUAGGUGCUUAAUAUUACUGCUUUUGCAUUA